UCAUAUGCAUAUACGUAUGACAUAUCGUGAACUCUUCGUUGACAUGCGCAACAACGCGAAUGCAUGAUAAUGCAGUGUACUAUACUGGUAACCAUGGAAACUGUAAUGCACAUUUUCUUCAUAAGAUAAUAGUGUACUAAUUAAUCUCUCUAACGUCAAUAUAAAAAUAUGUUUGCAAAUAGUUCAAUUUUUUACAGAUGUUUAUUUAAUAAAUAUUUUUUAUUAAAUAAGGAUUCUUAUAUAUGUAAAGUUCAUAUAAGGAAUAUAUAGUUAAUAUGAAAUAGAAUAUGGAGAAAUACAUCAUCAAUGGUCAAAUUGGUGAAGGAGCGCAAGGCUUGGUCUUAAAAGCACGUGAUAUGUUUAAGGAUCAGGAUGUGGCAUUGAAGAAGAUCCUAAUUAAAAGGACCGAAGAUGGUCUACCUGUAUCCAUCAUACGAGAAGUGAAAAGUUUACAGCAACUUCAGCACCCUUAUGUUGUUGAAUUAUUGGAUGCUUUCCCGAGUGGCUUAGACUUUGUGAUGGUAUUUGAAUACAUGCCUACAGGUUUAUGGGAAGUGUUGAGAGAUGCUGACAUAUCCUUGACACAGACACAAAUUAAAACAUAUAUGAAAAUGUUGUUGGAGGGUAUGGCAUAUGUACAUGGAAAACACAUAAUACAUAGGGACUUGAAGCCUGCGAAUCUGUUGAUCAGCACUGAGGGUAUUUUGAAAAUUGCAGAUUUUGGCUUGAGCAGAUUGAUGUGGCAGGAUAGUUCGAAAGCGUAUUCGCAUCAGGUAGCUACAAGAUGGUACCGGGCACCAGAAUUGCUUUAUGGAGCACGAUAUUACACAUCCGCAAUAGAUAUGUGGUCGAUUGGUUGCAUAUUUGGCGAAAUGUUAAACACUUCUCCAUUAUUUCCAGGUGAAACUGACAUCGAGCAGCUAGCUAUAGUUUUAAAAUAUUUAGGCUCUCCUACAUCCGAAUCAUGGCCUGAAUUAACUUCAUUACCAGAUUACAAUAAAAUCAGCUUUGCUUAUCACAAAGGUACGACGUGGGAGAGUAUUAUUCAAGAUGCUCAACCAGACGCUAUUGAUCUAAUCAGGAAAAUUUUGAUUUACAAUUCGUCGAGACGCCUCACAGCUGAACAGGCAUUGUGUCACAAAUAUUUUUACUCCAAACCUUAUCCAUCAAUGAAGAAUUUAAUAAAACCACCACAGGAUCAUCGUUUGCGUGUAAAACCAAAAGAAAUCAAUCCAAAUGUACAAACAAGCACGCUUUUCGAAAAUCUUCUAAAUAUCAUGUAAUAAUGUUGUGUGUGUGUGUGUGUGUGUGUGUGUGUGUGUGUGUGUGUGUGUGU